UCUCGCAAAGCAACAUCGAUAACUAGCAACCCCCUAACUCUCAUUAUUCAAGCGAGAACAGAGCUUCAAUGGCUGAUUUACAAGAGACCAUGGCGAUGCCCAAGGCGAUAUCUUUCCUCUCUACACUCCUCCAGCGAGUCGCUGAUUCGAACGAUCUCAACCGGCGAUUCCAGCCCCAGAAGAUCUCUGUUUUUCAUGGACUCACUAGACCCACAAUCUCCAUCCAGAAUUACCUUGAGAGGAUCUUCAAGUACGCCAAUUGUAGCCAGUCUUGCUUUGUGGUUGCUUAUGUAUAUCUUCAUCGGUUCGCUCAGAGACAGCCUUCUUUGCCUAUCAAUUCCUUCAACGUUCAUAGGUUGCUCAUCACCAGUGUCUUGGUCUCUGCCAAAUUCAUGGAUGACAUAUUCUACAACAAUGCAUACUAUGCCAAAGUGGGAGGAAUCAGCACAACAGAGAUGAAUCUUCUUGAAGUAGACUUCUUGUUUGGGCUGGGCUUUGAACUAAACGUGACGCCCAACACCUUCUACACAUACUGUUCUUUCCUUGAAAGAGAAAUGUUGAAGCAAUCUCCUCCACAACUAGUAAUAGAGCCUCUGCAUCAUCAACUAAAGCAGCUUCACCUUCGCUGUUUCAAUGAAGAUGACUCCACCCAUCAAAAGCAACUGGCUGUUUAAAUUAAAGCUUUGUUGGGAGAUUUAGGCAGUAAUAGUAUUGUAGUAGUAGUAAUGUUAGCUCAAGUCCAUGUGGAAAUCAAUAGUAAACUUGCUUAAUUUUGUUUUGUGUGUGCUUUCAUUGGCAUGUUGAAGAUUUUGUAGUAGUGGCAAUGUACAGAUUGGCAUUUCGUCUUUACAGCCUGGUUUGGUAGGAAAUCUUUGGGUUGUCUUUGGUGGGUUUUCUUCUAUUCAAUGUGCUGCUAGCACUCAGGUUUUGGUGGUCUGCUACCAGCCGUA